AUGAAGUUCGCCGAGCACCUUUCCGCACACAUCACUCCGGAGUGGCGGAAGCAAUACAUCCAGUAUGAGGCUUUCAAAGAGAUGCUGUAUGCUGCUCAGGACCAGGCCCCUUCUAUAGAAGUCACAGAUGAAGAUACUGUAAAGAGAUAUUUUGCCAAGUUUGAAGAAAAGUUUUUCCAAACUUGUGAGAAGGAGCUUGCCAAAAUCAACACUUUUUAUUCAGAAAAACUGGCAGAAGCUCAGCGCAGAUUUGCUACGCUACAGAAUGAAUUGCAGUCAACUUUGGACGCACAAAAGGAAACCAGUGGUCUUACUACCCUGCGGCAACGAAAAAUGCCUGUCUUCCAUCUGUCUCAUGAGGAACGAGUUCAGCAUAGGAACAUCAAAGAUCUGAAACUGGCCUUCAGUGAGUUCUACCUCAGCCUCAUCUUACUGCAGAAUUAUCAGAAUCUAAAUUUCACAGGGUUCCGUAAGAUUUUGAAGAAACAUGAUAAGAUCCUGGAGACACCACGAGGUGCUGAUUGGAGAGUGGCUCAUGUUGAAGUGGCUCCUUUCUAUACUUGCAAGAAAAUCAACCAGCUCAUCUCUGAAACAGAAACAGUGGUAACCAAUGAACUGGAAGAUGGAGACCGACAGAAAGCCAUGAAACGAUUACGUGUCCCACCACUAGGCGCAGCACAGCCUGCACCAGCAUGGACUACUUUCAGAGUUGGAUUGUUCUGUGGAAUAUUCAUUGUGCUCAAUAUCACCCUCAUACUUUCAGGUGUGUUUAAAAUGAAAGGAUCAAAUGUGUGGCCACUGAUAAGAAUCUAUCGAGGGGGCUUUCUUCUGAUAGAAUUCCUUUUUCUCCUUGGCAUCAACACGUACGGCUGGAGGCAAGCUGGAGUGAAUCAUGUUCUCAUCUUUGAGCUCAAUCCCCGCAGUAAUUUGUCCCAUCAGCAUCUUUUUGAGAUUGCUGGAUUCCUUGGAACGCUAUGGUGUCUGAGUCUGCUGGCAUGCAUAUAUGGAGACAGCACUGGAUUUCAUAUGCAGGCAAACCCACUUAUCUUGUAUGGAUUUAUGCUGCUGUUCCUUAUCAAUCCUACAAAAACCUUUUACUACAAGUCUCGAUUUUGGCUGCUUAAACUCUUGUUCCGGGUAUUCACUGCCCCCUUCCAUAAGGUGGGUUUCGCAGAUUUUUGGCUCGCUGACCAGCUUAAUAGUCUGGCUGUAAUACUUAUGGACCUUGAAUACAUGAUCUGUUUCUAUAGCUUUGAGCUCCAGUGGAAAGCUAAAGAUGCAUUGCUGGAAGAUCCAGGCGUUCAUGUUUGCAACACCUAUGCUUAUGGUGUGCGUGCGGUUGUUCAGUGCAUUCCUGCUUGGCUGAGAUUUGUCCAGUGCCUGCGCCGAUACCGGGAUACUAAACGGGCCUUUCCCCAUCUGGUUAAUGCUGGGAAAUACUCCACCACAUUUUUUAUGGUGACAUUUGCAGCCCUUUACAGCACCCACAAAGUUCAAAAACACAGUGACUACCAAGUAUUCUUCUAUUUGUGGAUUGUCUUCUACUUCAUUAGUUCCUGCUAUACUCUUAUCUGGGACUUGAAGAUGGACUGGGGUCUUUUUGACAAGAACGCUGGUGAAAAUACUUUCCUCCGGGAAGAGAUUGUAUACCCGCAAAAAGCCUAUUACUACUGUGCCAUUGUAGAGGAUGUGAUUCUGCGUUUUGCGUGGACUAUCCAGAUUUCUCUGACUACCAUGGAAAUUCACCCUUUUGCUGGUGACAUCAUUGCUACUGUAUUUGCACCACUAGAGGUUUUCCGGCGGUUUGUGUGGAAUUUCUUCCGAUUAGAGAAUGAGCAUCUGAAUAACUGUGGUGAGUUCCGAGCCGUCCGGGACAUUUCAGUGGCACCGCUGAAUGCAGAUGAUCAGACCCUGCUUGAACAGAUGAUGGACCAGGAAGAUGGUGUCCGAAACCGCCAGAAAAACAGAGUUUGGAAGCGUAGCCACAGUGUGUCCUUGCACAGACCACAUCUUGCUUCACAGUCAAAGAUUCAUGACACCAAAGUAUUAAUAGAAGACACAGACGAUGAAGCAAACACAUGAAAUGCCCACAGAGCCAAGUUCCACAUCCCUCAUGUUCUCUUGCUUUAUUACCUUCCCAACCCUAACUGCCACCCAGUCCAUCCUCUGGUAUAGUUUCAACUAAAAACAGGAG